UUGCGUGGGCAUGGACAUCGGGUGCUGUACUUUUUUAAAAGAUAUGGAAGAAUCGCCUGCGAGUCUAGGAGCUCAAGACUUUGAUGUUUACAGUGCAAUGGACUGGAAAGAUGGAGUUGGAACUCUUCUAGGAAGUGAGCUGAAGUUUCGUGUGAAUGAAUUUGGAGUUUUGGAGGUGAUCAAUGACGAGACUGAAGUGGAAAGUGUCAAAAAGGCACAUGCUACAACAACAUGGGCUGUACCCACUGCACAGGAAGCUUUUUCAGAAAGUCGGACAAACAUAAAGGAGGAAAGGCCAGUGACCAGAGGAAACCUGCGCUGUGCACACUGCCAUCAGAUUGGCUCACCUCAAGACUCUCAUCCUGAUGGAAAAUUCUGCAGUGAGAAAUGUUUGCAGCAAGCACAGGAAAAUGAACACAGACCAAAGAAAGACACAAAACCCAAUGCUGAGCUGCACAGCACAAACAGAAAAAGAAAAAUACAGCUGCUUGGAAACCUAAAAGCAGAGAAUACAGAGGAUGGAGAUGACCCAAGAGAAGAGGAAGACGACUCUGAAGACAGAGCAGACAGGAAGGCGGUGAGGGGACCACAGAGGAGCCGGAGAAAGCGAAGGGGUGAUGCAGCUCUGCUCAAGCAGGCUGUACCAUAUGGAGGAAAGAAGAAGUCGUGGAGCUGGGCUUCCUACCUGGAGCAGGAGAAGGCCAUUGCUGCCCCUAGCAAACUAUUUAAAGAGCACCAGUCUUUCCCCCAUAGUAAAAAUGGAUUCAAAGUGGGAAUGAAACUGGAAGGUGUGGACCCUGAGCACCCUUCAGUGUACUGUGUUUUAACUGUUGCCGAGGUAUCAGGCUACAGAAUUAGGCUGCACUUUGACAAAUAUUCAGAUUGCUAUGACUUCUGGAUAAAUGCAAACUCCUCUGACAUUCAUCCAGUUGGAUGGUGUGAAAAAACUGGACACAAACUUUAUCCUCCAAAAGGCAUGAAAGAGGAGGAGUUCAGCUGGCAGGCCUACGUCAAAUUGUGCAAGGCUCAAGCAGCCCCCAAGGCCCUGUUUGAAAACCAAAACACAACAGUAACUCCAUCAGGUUUUCGAAUAGGAAUGAAACUAGAAGCUGUUGACAGGAAAAAUCCCACUUUCAUCUGCGUUGCUACAGUAACCGACAUGGUGGACAGUAGGUUCCUGGUGCACUUUGAUAACUGGGAUGAGAGCUACGACUACUGGUAAAGCUUUGUUUUGUGUUCCUGCCUUUCACCACAUAUAAAGUAUCUAUCUAUUUGUGCUAAACAUUUUAUGAUGAUUCAUUUUACAGAUUACCCAAAUGCUAAACAUUUCUCCUGGGAAAGGUAUUUGGAAGAAACCAAUUCAUUACCAGCACCUGCAAGGGCAUUUAAAUCGAGACCCACUCAUGGAUUCCACAGAAAUAUGAAGUUAGAAGCAGUUGACAAAAGGAACCCUAUGCUCAUCAGAGUAGUUACUAUCGUUGACACUGAUGAUCACAGAAUUAAGAUCCACUUUGAUGGCUGGGGUGAUGAAUAUGAUUACUGGGUAGACACUGACAGCCCUGAAAUCCAUCCUGCUGGCUGGUGUGCGAAGACUAUCCACCCUCUUCAGCCACCUAUCAGCCCACAGGACAUGUUUGAGUCCUCAGAACAGGGGGGCUGUCCUACCCCAGGCUGUAAAGGUGUAGGACACAUUAAAGGGGCAAGAUAUUCUGGCCAUCACAGUGCUGUAGGGUGCCCAUAUUCUGAUAUCAAUAUCAACAAGGACUCGGUUCUUCCAGACCGUCUCAGUGGAGAAAUACCUGUAUCAAGCCUGAGUAUGGCAAAGAACAGCAAAGGAGAAUCAAUCUGUGACACAGCAUCGUCUGUAGUAGAAAAACAGUUUGGCUCAAACCAAAACAACCACAGCAAGACAUGUGGAACAGAGACACUGGGUGCCCAGGAAGCAAACGAGGACUCCUCGCACAAGAAGUCUGCUUUCUUCCUUAGCAAAGGAAAGAAGCAUAGCAGAGUCGGACGCCCGUGUAAGCAACGAAAGGUAGAAGAGGAGCUGGAGGAGGAGGAGAUAGAGAGUGAAGAGUCAUCCAUCACUGAGACCAAAGAUGUUGAAGCCAGGUCCAGAUGUGUGCAGCUCACAACUGACUACCCACUGAAGCUCAGCAGGUGUGAGUCUGAAAGUGAAGAGCUCACCCUGCAGCAGGCUCUACAUCAGUCUGUGUUCAUGCCCUCCACAUCACCCAUCCCCAGCCUGCCCCUGUGCUGGGAACAGCACAGCAAGCUGCUGCCCAGUGUGGCAGGAAUAACCGCCAGUAAAGUGGCUGGGUGGACUGUUGAAGAGGUCACCGAAUUCAUCCAGGGACUACCUGGCUGUAAAGAGCAAGUGAAAACAUUCAGAGAAGAGCAAAUUGAUGGUGAGGCCUUUCUGCUGCUCACACAGGUGGACCUGGUGAAGAUACUGAGUAUUAAACUUGGACCUGCCUUGAAAAUCUACAACUCUAUUCUGAUGUUCAAAACUGCAGAGAAUUCCUACAAUGAGCUUUAACUGCAGAAACCCUUUUUGCACUUGUGCAUCUCCUGUGAGGGUUCCGAUUGAGCUGAAGCACAAAGACUCUUCUCUGAUGAAAAUGAAUUCCAUGCAAACUGAAUGCACAUAAACUCAAGGGAAUUGCACAGAAGCUUUUAUGAAAGCCUCCAAGCUCUUCUGUCUGCCAUAUUUGUACACUAAGGAUCAUCAACUGACUUUGUCUUGCCUUUCAAAUGUACAGUUUUUCGGAUUCUGGAAGUUGAAGUGUUGAUUCCACAAAAUCACACAUGAAUGUUUUUUCAGCUGGAGGAUGACUGUGUCCUUUGUUUAUAGAAAAUAAGAAAAUGACUUGAUUAGAUUCUGGUCCUGAUAAACCUGACCAGUGACCUCCUCUGACAUACAGUAUUUGGUGUACCUUUUACAGUAAAUAUCAUACACCAUUAUCAAAUUUUAGAUGAAAAUGCUGCCAUGAUUUUACUACAGAUGUUUCAGCGUCAUGAUGUAUAUUUUUAGGCUACAGUUUUCUUGUUUCGUUAAAUGGUUUUAAGACACUGGCUUUUGAAAAGUACCCCCUGGUGGCACCCUUGAAUGCUUAGAAGAGAUUUUCACAAAGUCUGAAUGUAUUUUCUAAUCAUAAAGGCAGAAAAUGUUUUAAUGAAAUUCAUGGAAAUGGUCUGAUGCAUUUUAAUGAUCAUCACCUCUUUUGUCGAAUUUUAGAUAUGAUUUUCUCUGAGCUUUUUGAGUUUUCGAAUGGCUAGUUGAAAAUUUCACAAAACAUGGAUAAAUAUUAAAAUGCAUAAAACAAAAUGUCAUUGGGUGGAUUGGGCAGUUUUCACAAUUAGAAAUAUUGUGAUGAAAUAUUAUAUGUGCACUAUUGGCUUUUGAUACUAUAUGAAUUGGUAGUAUAGAUAGGAACACCUGACAUUUUGACAUUGCUCCGUCAAUGUACAGUAUAAUACAGAUGGAGCCCAUGUAUAAUAAGUAUUACAGUCCUCUUCAGAGGUAUUGAUAGACUGUAUUCAAUUGUAAGAAAAGCAAUUUAUUAGUAAGGUCUGCAGUGAACAAAAGCAGUGUAUUCAGAAUCUUAUCUUUUGUACUCUUUUACUGUUAUUUAUUUAUUUAAUGAUACCACUGUUGUGCUAAUCAGAAAUGGGGAUGAGCUGCAUAUAAAUGUUAAUAGAAACAUGAAAGAGCCUUUUGUCAUUAUUUUGCAGGAAACUCUCAACAUGUCAUUUAUGGACAAUAAAAUAAAAUAAAAAAA